AUGGCAGCAUCUUGCAAUGGAGGGAACAACCAGAAAUGGUACAGGACUAGCAAUGGUGAACUGAGAACGGAAUACAGUGGUUACUGCUUGGAUGUAUGGUUCGGUGGAGGCAACAAUUUGAUUAUGCAUGGUUGUCACAAUGGGAGGAACCAAAAGUUUUCUGUUCCAUCGAGUGUGGGGAUAACAGUCAAAUCCCCUCCAGAAUACUCUGUGAUUACACGUUUCACUGACAGCAGUCUUUGUGUCGAGAUUGCAAGCGACGGCAAUGCCUACAUGAAUACUUGUGAUUAUGGAUGGAGACAACUAUUCAAGUACAACUCUGGGACCCAAGAAAUCCAACUAUGGAAUGCAGGCAGCGGUCAAGAUUGUUUGGACUAUAACACUGGCACUAAUAAUGUUGCCACAGCCUCAUGCAGUAGUGGUAACAACCAGAAAUGGUACAUGACCACCAAGAAUGAAAUGAGAACUGAGUUUGAUGGGAAUUGCUUUGACUUGAAUCUAAGUGACAGCAACAACCUCAUCGUGUUUGGUUGCCACAAUGGUAACAACCAGAAGUUUGCUUUCAUUUCCAGCUUUGGAAUCAUCGUAAAGUAA